AUGACCCUCGCACGCGGCACCGAGGCCUCGUCGGAUGGCCAGACCGACUCCGUUGACUCGCCCGUCAUGGACGACAAAACCACCGACGGCUCUUCGAGCUUCAGCUACUUCCUGCGCGUCUUCACCUACAACGAUGCCAAGGGCUGGGCCAUGAACGCCCUUGCCCUCCUCUGCAUCAUCGCCGCCGGCACGGUCCUGCCGCUCAUGGACGUCGUCUUCGGCAAGUUCAUCAACGUCUUCAACGACUUUGUGAGCGGUGCCAUGACCCCCGAUGUCUACGUCUCCGAGGUUGGCCGCUACACCCUCUACUUUGUCUACCUCUUCGUCGCCAAGUUUGCCCUCACCUACGCCUGGACCAUCCUCAUCAACGUGACCGCCAUCCGCACCACCAAGAGGCUGCGCGUCGACUUUGUCCGUCAGACCUUGCGCCAGGAAAUCUCCUUCUUCGACACGCCCUCCUCCUCCUUGUCGGGCCAGAUUACGACAAACGGCAAUCUCGUCAACAACGGCAUCUCCGAGAAGCUCGGCCUCACCAUCCAGGCCAUGGCGAGCUUCAUCACCGCCUUCAUCGUCGCCUUUGCCGUCCAGUGGAAGCUGACCCUCGUCGUCCUCGCCAUCGUGCCCCUGAACCUCGUCGUGACCGUCAUCUGCGUCGUCAAGGACACCCUGAUCGAGCACCGCAUCUUUGACAUCUACAGCGAGAGCGGCAGCCUCGCCCAGGAAGCCUUCUCCACCAUCCGCACCGCCCAUGCCUUCUGGGCCUUUCCCAAGCUCGGCCACCGCUUCGACGCCAUCCUCGAGCGCGCCCGAACCGUCGGUGGCAAGAAGAGCCUGCUGUACGCCAUCCUCUUCCCCGUCGAGUUCUUCUGCGUCAUUGCCGGAUACGCCCUCGCCUUCUGGUACGGCAUUCGCAUGUACGCCUCGGGCGAGAUUGAACAGCCCGGCACCGUCGUCACCGUCAUUUUCGCCGUCCUCGUCGCCGCCCAGGCCCUCACCCAGAUCGCGCCCCAGACCAUUGCCAUUUCCAAGGCCACCGCGGCCGCCCAGGAUCUUUUCGCCGUCAUCGACCGCAAAUCGGCCAUGGACUCGCUGUCGACCGAGGGCGUGCGGAUACCCGACUUCAAGGGGGAGAUUAAGCUUAGAGGCGUCAAGUUUGCCUAUCCCUCAAGACCUGCCGUCGCGGUCCUGCACGGCUUGGAUCUGGACAUCCUGCCGGGACGGACGACGGCCCUCGUCGGCGCGAGCGGCUCGGGGAAGAGCACCAUCUUCGGCCUGCUCGAGAGAUGGUACCCCUUCUCGCAAGGCACCAUCUUGCUCGACGGUUACAAGAUUGAGGACCUGAACUUGCAAUGGUUGAGGACGAAUGUUCGACUCGUCCAGCAGGAACCGACGCUCUUCAGCGGCAGCAUCUACCAGAACGUCGUGGACGGCCUCACCGGCACAGAUAUGGCGGGUUUAGGCGUCGAGGAAAAGCGGCGACUCGUCCGCGAGGCCUGCGAGGCGGCUUUUGCCCACGACUUUAUCGAAGAACUCCCCAACGCAUACGACACCCACAUCGGAGAGCGGGGCGCCUCUCUCUCCGGCGGGCAGAAGCAGCGCAUCGUCAUCGCCCGCAGCAUCAUAUCGAACCCGAGGGUCCUCCUGCUCGACGAGGCCACUUCCGCCCUCGACCCCAACGCUGAAAAUAUUGUGCAGGCGGCCCUCAACAACGUCGCCAGGGGUCGCACCAUGAUUGCCAUUGCUCACCGCCUGAGCACCAUCCGCGAUGCAGACAACAUCGUCGUCAUGUCCAAGGGCGACACCGUCGAGUCCGGCACGCAUCAGCAGCUGGUGUUGGUCGGAGGCGCCUAUGCCCGCCUCGUGCAGGCGCAGGACCUGCGUGAGGGAACCGGCAGGGGCGGCACCGAUGAUGAUGUCGAGCUGGAGAAGGAGGGGGGCCUUGAGAACUUGGACGUUGCUCUGACGAAAGUUUCGACGACCGGAACGAUCUCGGCCGGAUCCGACGACGACAAGGACAAAGACAAUUAUAGUCUCUUUCGCGGCAUGUUUCUCAUCCUGGGCGAGCAAAAGACGCUGCAUUGGCCCAUGUUCAUCAGCAUCAUCUGCUGCUUCGUCGGCGGCGGUUCGUAUCCCGUCAUUGCCAUCCUCUUUGCCAAGACCAUGACGGCGUUUGAAACAAAGGACGUGGCCGAGGGUGAUUUCUACUCGCUCAUGUUCUUCAUCGUUGCCCUGGCAAACCUGGUCGCGUUUGCCGUCGCCGGCUGGUUGGCAAACGUCCUCGCUCAGACGGUCAUGAAGUUCUAUCGUGCCGAAAUCUUCAACAAUACCCUCCGGCAGGACAUGUCAUUUUUCGACCGGCCGCAAAACUCGACGGGCGCGCUCGUGUCCCGCCUCGCCGCCGAGCCCACCUCGCUGCAGGAGCUGCUGUCGAUGAACGUCACCCUGCUCGUCGUCAACCUCGUCAAUCUCGUUUCGAGCUCGAUACUCGCCAUCGCCGUCGGCUGGAAGCUCGGCCUCGUGCUUGCCCUCGGUGCCCUGCCGGUCCUCGUCGGCGCCGGCUACGUGCGAAUCCGCCUCGAGUUCAAGUUUGACGACGACACGGCAGGCCGAUUCGCCGAGAGCAGCGGAAUUGCCGCGGAAGCCGUCAUGGGCAUCCGGACCGUCGCGAGCCUGGCCCUGGAGACGGAAGUUGUGGCGCGGUACGAGGAGCGGCUGAUGGGCAUCGCGCAGCGCGCGAUUGGAAGUUUGGGAUGGAAGAUGCUGUUUUACGCCCUGAGCCAGUCCGUCUCCUUCCUGGUCAUGGCUCUGGGCUUCUGGUACGGCGGGAAGCUGGUCUCGACGGGCGAGUACACGACGGCCCAAUUCUACACCGUCUUCAUCGCCGUCAUCUUCUCGGGCGAGGCGGCCGCCAUGCUCUUCCAGUACACGACGAGCAUCACCAAGGCGCGCACGGCCAUCAACUACAUCUUUCGACUGCGCCGAGAGAGGGCCCUCGACGACACCGAGGACGACCCGUCCUGCGACAGCGAAGACAGCGUGGAAAAGUCGAUCAGGGGCACCGAGAUAGCCUGCUCCGACGUCCGGUUCGCGUACCCCAUCCGGCCGAAGAGGAAGGUUUUGAACGGCAUCGACGCCAUCUUCAAAUCGGGCAAGAUGGUGGCCUUGGUGGGCGCCUCCGGCUGCGGCAAGUCGACCAUGGUUGCCCUUCUCGAGCGCUUCUACGACCCCAUCUCCGGCGCCAUCACGGCCAACGGCCGCGACAUGAAGACUCUGGAUCGCUGCCGGUACCGCCGGGACGUGGCGCUCGUCCAGCAAGAGCCGGUGCUGUAUCAGGGAUCGAUACGGGAGAACAUAUCGCUGGGCAUCGAGUACGGCGAUCCGACCGAGGAGGCGGUGGUGGAGGCGUGCCGGUCCGCCAACGUGUGGGACUUUAUCGCCUCGCUUCCGCAGGGUCUCGACACGCCCUGCGGCAACCAGGGGCUGUCGCUCUCCGGCGGGCAGCGACAGCGCAUCGCCAUUGCGCGCGCUCUCGUCCGGAAACCGAGGCUGCUGCUGCUCGACGAGGCCACCUCGUCUCUCGAUACCGAGUCGGAGAACAUUGUGAAGGAGGCGCUCGACAAGGCGGCCGAAGGGCGGACGACGGUGGCAGUGGCGCAUCGGCUGAGCACCGUUCGGGACGCGCACCUCAUCGUCGUCUUCGCCCAGGGUAGGAUCGUGGAGAGGGGCACGCACGACGAGCUGCUGGAGAAGAAGGGGUUGUACUUGCAGAUGGUGUUGGGGCAGAGUCUAGACAGGGAGGCGGCCUAG